AUGAAGCCACACUCCAAUCGCACUACAGAAAAACUUCACGGUUUAUUUUUAGUACUCUGUGUCGUACAUGCAGACUUGAAUCCUCAAAACAAGGACAAUUUCCAUAAAAUUACAAAUUUCACUUUCAAGAAUUACAUCGAAAAGUUUAAACCGAGUCAUAUUUGGAGAGAUAUCGAGGAAAACAACAAACGCAAUGGAGUCAACAAGACGUUGAAAGACGAAUUCGAAAAAAUAUUUAGUCGUAUUGAUGAAAGCGAAGAACUCUUGAAUUUGAAAGUUAAAAAUGGCGAUCCUAAAAUACUGAUGCGAAGAGAUGGCAGACGAUGGAAGCCGCCAGGGGAUAUAGUUAAGAGUAGAUUCGACCCUUUCAGUUUGAGACACAGGUUUUUUGAAUUAAUGAAACAAGCGAUAUAUCAAGCAAGAAAUAAAAUGGUAAUAAUGCAAGACAUGAGGGAGAAAUAUAACAAAGUUUCAGUGUACAAAAUGGGGUUCCUAAUAAGUAAAACAGACACAGCUUGUAAGACAUUUGCGAAAUUUGCCUACAAAGCAUUCAGGGCGUGUAGUAUCGCUAGACAAAACAGUUAUUCGCAUUAUUAUCUAAUAGACAUACUGGAAGCAAAUGAGAGACUUUUGGAUUUGUGGUUCGAUGUGGAUCUCCUAAUUGAUUUGAUAAACGUUAAUCACGAAAACUGUCUGCGGAUGAUGAACCAAGUUCUAACAAAUAGGAAACAUGCGUGGAAGUUUGUUGACUGA